AAGUAGAGAAAGUAGACACCGGAAAUCGGAGUGAGCACUAGAGUUCGCUGAAGGGUGCAACGUGUCACCCCAUAUGUAAUAGCACGUGUGAAGAUAUGCUAGCAAACCAAACAUAAAGAGGGUGAGAUUCAGAGUUGAUCCAUAGUUGAACCAAGAAAUCGCCAUGGCAGAGCGUUACUUUGACAACGAAAUGCCAAAUUUCACCCCAGAAAACGCAGCUGUUGCUGCUAGCGAACAAGACUCUCUGGCGAAGCUUCUUUCUCUUCCGUACAACACACUCGCUGACAAGUUCAAAACAGCCGCUCUUCACCUUAAACAACUCGUUGUUAAAGAGACAUGGAGUCCCUCCAUGCGUGUCAGAGACUACACACUCUAUACUGGUGCUUUGGGCACGGCUUUCUUGUUGUUUAAAGCUUACCAGGUUGCUAAAAACCCCGAUGAUCUUCGUAUUUCCUCCGAUAUCAUCCGCGCCUGUGAUUCCCCUUCCACUGCCUCCUCUGGGCGUGUGACAUUCUUGUGUGGGCAGGCUGGUGUAUAUGCGCUGGGUGCUGUUGUAGCAAUGCACAGUGGUGACGAACAGCUCCUUUGUCACUAUUUAUCUCGAUUUAGAGAGAUUGUGCUUCCUACUGAUCUUCCAGAUGAAUUGCUGUAUGGUAGAUCAGGAUUCCUAUGGGCUUGCUCAUUCAUAUAUAAGAAUACUGGUCAUGAGGCAAUUACUGCCUCUCAAAUGAGAGCAGUAGUCAAUCAUAUAAUAAACUCUGGCAGACUUUCAAAAGGAAGAUGUCCCUUAAUGUAUGAAUGGCAUGGAAAAAAAUACUGGGGAGCUGCCCAUGGGUUAGCUGGAAUUAUGCAUGUUUUGAUGGACAUGGAAUUGAGCGCAGACCAGAAAGAGAGUGUCAGGGGGACUUUGCAAUACAUGAUGAAGAACCGGUUUCGCAGUGGGAAUUAUCCUUCAAGUGAAGGAAACGAAUCAGACCGUCUUGUUCAUUGGUGCCAUGGGGCUCCAGGAGUUGCUCUUACCCUUGUGAGAGCAGCUAAGUUCUUUGGUGAUGAGGAGUUCAAGCAAGCGGCCAUGGACGCAGGGGAUGUUGUGUGGAACCGUGGUCUACUUAAACGAGUCGGUAUCUGCCAUGGAAUCAGUGGAAAUGCCUAUGUGUUUCUUUCACUAUAUCAGUUGACAGGUGAUGUGCAAUAUUUGUACAAGGCCAAAGCAUUUGCUUGUUUUCUACUUGACAGAGCUCAAAAACUUAUAUCAGAGGGAAUAAUGCAUGGGGGAGAUCGCCCUUAUUCACUGUUUGAAGGCAUCGGGGGAAUGGCUUACCUCUUCCUGGAUAUGAUUGAACCAUCUAGUGCUGGAUUUCCUGCCUAUCAACUCUAACCAUAUAUCCUGUACUUCUUUGGAGUUCUUUUUAGUGCUUGUAAGGACUUUAAUGGUGUGUGUGUAUAAUAUGAAGUUUGAACUUUUGCCGGUUUUCAUGUU